AUGAAUCCCCUGCUGCAUAUAUUGCUCACCCUUCUUCUCUUCACUUCCCUUGACACUUCACCAUGGUCCGCUUCCGCCGCCGCAGCGACUGAUACUCUAACAGCAGGCCAAGCACUUGCGUUCGGCGACAAGCUCGUCUCGAGGAACGGCAAGUUCGCGCUCGGCUUCUUCCAGCCAACAGCCGUCAUCAGUAAGUCCCGCAACAUCACCUCCCCCAACUGGUACCUUGGAAUAUGGUUCAACAAGAUCCCAGUUUUCACUACAGUUUGGGUCGCCAACAGAGAGGCUCCAAUCGCUGAUUCCAAGCGCAAGCAAACACACCUCAAAAUCUCAAGCGAUGGCAACAACCUUAUUAUUGUAACCCAAGCCAGUCCUGAAACUGAAACCACAGUCUGGUCCACUCCCAGUGCCAAUCGGUCAGGAGCCAGCUCAAACACUACCACUACUGCCGUUCUCUUGGACAGUGGUAACCUUGCACUCCUAGAAUUAGAAAGCCCAUCAUCAUCCAAUGUAACCUUGUGGCAGAGCUUCGACUACCCAACCGACAUCGUGCUUCCGGGCGCCAAGUUUGGCCGGAACAAGGUCACCGGUUUCAGUCGUCGGGCCAUCACAUGGAAGAGCCUCAUUGAUCCAGGCCUCGGCUCAUACUCCAUCGAGAUCGACACCACCGGGGUGGUCCUCAAGCACCGCAGUCCGUCAGUAGUGUACUGGCAUUGGUCUUCCUCAUCCACAUCAACACUGAAGCUCAUCCCCAUACUCAAGUCCAUACUAGAACUGGAUCCACGGACCAAAGGCUUGAUUGACCCCACAUAUGUUGAUAACAGUCAGGAGGAGUACUACAUGUACACUUCACUGAAUGACUCAUCUUUGACGUUCGUCUCGCUGGACAUCUCUGGCCAGAUCAAGAUGAAUGUUUGGUCACACGCUCAGCAGUCUUGGCAAGCCAUAUAUGCCCAGCCGGUUGAUCCCUGCACACCGUAUGCUACCUGUGGCCCCUUCACCACUUGCAACGGCACUUCCUCCCUUUCCUUCUGCGACUGCAUGCCGAGCUUCUCUCAGAAGUCACCCCAGGACUGGGAGCUUGAUGAUCGAACAGGAGGCUGCAUCAGAAAUACUCCAUUACACUGCACCAGUGAGAAAAAUAUGACAAGUUCAACAGACAUUUUCCGCCCCAUUCCUCAUGUUACAUUGCCCUAUAACUCCCAAAGCAUAGACGGUGUCAACUCUCAGAGCAAUUGUGAGGAAGCUUGUCUCAGUUCCUGCUCCUGCACUGCUUAUUCCUAUAACAGUAGCAGGUGCUCUGUAUGGCAUGGGGAAUUGUUCAGUGUGAAUCAUAAUGACGGCAUUGACAAUAAUUCUGAAGAUGUUCUUUAUCUUCGUCUUGCUGCUGAUGAUCUGCCAAGUUUGACAAGAAGCAAAAGAAAACCAAGUGUCGGAGUUGUUACCGCAGCAAGCAUUAUUGGUACUGGGUUACUGAUGCUCAUGUUGCUGUUAAUGAUGUGGCGAAAAAAAUUCAAAUGGUGUGGUACACCAUUGUAUGACACCCAAGGUGGUGGAGUUAUAGCCUUUAGAUACACUGAUUUAAGCCAUGCUACUAAAAAUUUCUCAGAAAAGCUUGGAGCAGGUGGUUUCGGUUGCGUAUUUAAGGGAGUGCUGAGUGGCUCAACAACUAUAGCAGUGAAAAGGCUUGAUGGUGCCCGUCAGGGAGAGAAGCAAUUCAGGGCUGAGGUGAGCUCACUUGGAUUGAUCCAACAUAUCAGCCUAGUCAGAUUGAUUGGCUUCUGUUGCGAAGGUGAUAAGAGGCUACUUGUGUAUGAACACAUGUCAAAUGGGUCUCUUGAUUCUCAUCUAUUUCAGAGCAAUGCUGCUGCCCUUAACUGGAACACCAGGUAUCAAAUAGCCAUAGGAGUUGCUAGAGGAUUGUCCUACUUGCAUCAGAGUUGCCAAGAAUGCAUCAUACACUGUGAUAUUAAGCCAGAAAAUAUACUUCUCGACACGUCAUUUGUUCCUAAAAUCGCAGACUUUGGGAUGGCAGCAUUUGUCGGAAGGGAUUUUAGCAGAGUUUUGACUACAUUCAGAGGAACUGCAGGGUAUCUUGCCCCAGAGUGGCUUGGUGGAGUUGCUAUUACAUCAAAAGUUGAUGUUUAUAGCUUCGGUUUGGUGCUGCUGGAAAUCAUAUCAGGUAGGAGAAAUUCACCUGAGGCAUAUAGUAGCAACAAUUAUCAUAUUGAAUAUUUCCCUGUGCGAGCUGUCAACAAGCUUCACGAGGGAGAUGUGAGGAGUUUGGUGGAUCCACAGCUACAUGACGACUUCAAUUUGGAAGAGGUUGAGAGGGUUUGCAAAGUUGCAUGUUGGUGCAUCCAGGAUAAUGAGCUUCAUCGGCCGACAAUGGGUGAAGUGGUCCGUGUUCUUGAGGGUCAGCAGGAGAUUGAUAUGCCCCAGAUGCCAAGGUUGCUUGCAGCAAUCACACAAGGCACUGGAGCUAUCACAGAAAGCUCUAAUGCAUCUUCAAUGUGA